GAAACCCUGCCUAACAUUCCUUCUCUAUAUCAAUUUAAAGGAAUUAGCUCAAUAAGCGCACUAAACUGAUACCCCAUAUACUCUCAAGGCAUUGUGAUUUCUGGUUUGUGUCCUGAAAAUCCCUUAGCAGAAAAAAGUUUCCAGCUAUCCACAUUCUAAAUGUACAUUGGGGCAUAAGUUUAAUGUGCUAGAAUCAUUUCUUUGUUCAUUUUCUUUUUACGUUCAUGCAUGAGAUGUUGUUGAACACUGAUGGCUUGAUUUCACAAAACUAUUAUAAUGAGUGAAUGCAAUGAAUCGCAGACCCACAAGUUAUUUCGUUUUGGGUUUUUGAACAGUAUUUGUGUGACUUUGAGUCCUCCUAAUAUAGUAAUAUAAUUGUGUUUCGUUUGACCUUUUUUUUUUUUAAGAAAACGUUUGCUUGAUAAAUUGGACUAGAAUGGUCGUUUUGGUGCUGAGUACUAUUUUAUGUUUGAACAAAUGGGAAGGCGGUAGAAAACAGUUACGUUGCUGGGUCUUGAUGAUCUGCUUUAGUGGGUAUUAUAAUGGGAAGCUACUCUGAUGUUCUUUAAACUUAGUGAAGUAAACAAUGGGAAUAAAGUAUGUGCAUAAAAUUCUAUUGCUAUCUACUGUCUGUGUCAGAUUCCUAUGUUUGCUGAUUGUAUUAGGAAUGGUAACCAUGAGGCCGCAGAAGAACAAGUGGAACAGCCGGCAUUGCCAGGUCCUCAGGAUGCACCUGAUGAGGCAGCUAAGGAGAAUGUUAGCUCCACUGGCACUGAGGAGGGUGAGGACGUUGAAGAUGAUGGCCAUGAAGUUCAGAAACUACCUUCCUCAUGAUGAACAACUCAGAGGUGGUAAGCUGGCUCCAGUAUCUCUUCCCAAGUUUGAAGAUCCAAUUAGUGCUGAAACUGCAGAACCAAAGCAGCUCGAGAACCCUUUCAGGAACAUAGCUCCAAAGAAUCCAAACUGGGAUCUGAAACGUGAUGUGCAGAAGAGAAUCGACAAACUGGAGAAGCGCACACAGAAAGGAUUGGCAGAGAUUGCAUUGGAGCAACAGAGGGAGAAAGAAGCGCUGGAAGGGGGCAGUGUGCAAAUGCAAAUCAAACUGAAGGGAGAUGCCCUCGUCCCCAUCCUAAAACUUGCUUAG